AUGCAUGCCGAAGUGACGGCAAUUCGGAACGCUUGCAAGGCACUCGGCACAUUCGAUUUGUCUGGUUGUGUUCUGUACACCUCGUGCUACCCCUGUCCGAUGUGCAUGGGAGCCUGUCUGUGGGCCCGAUUCGAUGCCAUCUACUACGGAGCAUCAGCUGAGCAGGCAAGCGCAGCAGAAAUCGGUUUCGAUGACAAAGCAUUCCAUGAUUUCCUGAAAAAUCCAAGAUCCGACGAUACG